AUGCUUAUCUGUCGCACGCCAUCCCUUCACAAUGCUUUCGGAUACAUUUGUGCUUCACAUUUGAUCGCCGACAUUGGUCAACUGCUCAUUUUCUCAUUAUGGUGUGCUUCGACUGCGAUACUGGGACUUCCCGACACAGUAACUUCGUCUUAUUUCGGUGGGAAAAUAGGCCAGCUCUCUUUAUCACUCUGGUUUGUUUCCAUUUAUAGCCUGUUACAAAUGGCUCUGAAUCGACUUCUUGCCAUCUCCUCGCCAAUUAUGUAU